UGCAGGUAGGCCGGGGCCCCAGGCCCUCUGGGCUGAGCCACCCUUGGCAGCCCCGGCCAACGUGGACACAGACUCAGAUCCUCCCUCCAGGACAGACCUCUUGACCAUUCCAGUGCUCUGCCAGUCCCAAAAUUCUGUGGAAAUGGGUGGUGAUGUGGCCCAUGCCUCUGGGGGACCUGCCUUCCCUGGAGAGGCACAAGUGGCCCGAGAGAUAGCUAUGCCCAGGAUACCCUCCCAAGCCACACUCCUGGCUGACCACCCUGAAGCAAAGCCCUGCAGAUCCAGCCAGCCACCUAUGCAAGCUGAGAGUGGCCCAGGAGAGACACCAGGGUCCCCAAGGCCAGGGGGACUCCCAGGGCCUCUGGGCCUGGAGAGGCCACCCCCACCGCGGCCUAGGCCUGAGAAGGGUGCCCUAGACCUGGACCUCCUGUCCCAGGAGAGCGAGGCAGCUGUGCGGGAGUGGCUGCGGGGAAAGCAGGGGGUGUGCGUGCCUCCGCUGGGGAGCAGGCUACCCUACCAGCCACCUGCCCUGUGCAGCCUUCGGGCCCUGUCUGGACUCUUGCUCCACAAGAAGACCUUAGAGCAGAGAGCUACAUCCCUCAUGCCCAGUGGGGCAGCUGGAGCCCUGCAGGCCUCACUGGGACAGGUGCGGAGGCAGCUCCAGGACAGCCCGGCCUACCUGCUGCUGAAGGCGCGGUUCCUGGCUGCCUUCACCCUCCCUGCACUCCUGGCCACCCUGUCCCCCCACGGCGUCCCCACUACCCUGUCAGUGGCCACAAGGGCUGACCCUGAGAGUGAGGAUGACCUAGGGGAGCUGGAGCUCACAUGUGGUCCUCAGGCAGGACCAGCAGCUACCAUCCCUGUUCAGGGAGCCCCAGACUCUGGGCAGAGCCUGGACGGUUGUGACACCCUUGAUGUGCGCAGAACCCGGCAUGCCUGGCAUGCCCGGAAGAGGCGGCGGCUGGUGUGAGCAGCAGGGAGGCGGGAGCCAUGCUGGACCCGAGUGAGCCCACCUGCCUGUGGAGCCCAGCUCCAACCCUCCCGGAGGAAGCAGCCUAAAGCAGUUGGAGGCUGGGGGAGGCUUCGCCGUGUGACCAUGAAGCCACUGGGGCUUAGCUGGUCCUCCAGCACAAAUCGGAAGGAAUGUUUGAAGGAAUAAAGUGAAUGGCUUAUUUUUUUAUUAAAAGGCAAGCCCCAGAUUCCUGUUGCCU